UUGAGAACUGUAUUUGACGAAACGGAUUUGACUAAUUUCCAUGAUGACCGACUUUUGGAAACGGAUGUAACAUCAAGGGGAACACAAAUGUAUCAGUCAGACUUUUCUCAUAUUUACCAUUAUGUGGACAGCAAUAUCGAGGAAACUUCUUUAAUGCGCACUAUGGAGAGUUUCGAGACUUCAGCUGACUUUGCCAGAAAUAUUAGAGUGCCAAAUUUACUGAGUCCAUCAUUUUUCCCCACUGAAGUGGAAAUAUGUGAGACAGACGUGGCCUCGCGUCUGUUGUGCUCCAGAGAGGGAGCAGUUCGUCACCACUCACUAGAGAGCGAGGAUGACGAUUAUUAUGAUAACGAAUUUCUCCCCUUUUAUGAAUCAGAAAUGCAGAAUUUUGAGUUGAAUGACAAAAAAGAUAUGGAAAUAAAGACAACACAGGCUGAGCCUGUCGAAAUUUUAGGCCCAGGACGAAUCAAUAGCGCUCAAGAAACAGACAGACUGAGGAGUCAGUUAAAAGAAGCAUAUUAUCUAUUGAUAAAUGCAAUGCAUGACAUCAGUUUUGAUAGUCAGGAUGGUGUAAACGAAUUUGUAGAGCAGAAAAACAUCUCUAAUCAUGCUCUAGUCAUUCAUGAAGGUGGUGGCUUCUUUGACAGGGACUUGUGCAGUGACAUUAGAUCCUCCAUACAUUAUGGUUCUCAGCAGGUGUCAGAUUCUCUGCCAUUAAAUAUGAAUGAAAGCCAGGUAUCAUGUCUUAAAAACUCUCUAGUUUGCAAGAGUCUUCAAAACCUAGUACUUAUAGAAACAAAACCAGCUUUACGGAGGUCUGUUAGUGAUGGUGCUAUGAAAUACUCAACACAGCAUCCUGUCUGUACGCAAAAACGUAGCUCUCGGAUAUGUGUGAGUGGCACAAGUCUGAAUGAAACAGCACAGCCAGCUGAAGCUGAUCCAGUUGAAAACCCGUUGGUUUUUAACGAGGUGAGCCGUGACGACCAGCUUCAAGCCAAAAAGGACGACGGGCAGCUGAACGAGAGCAGCGGCUCGGCCGACAGCCUCACUAGCUCGUCCGACAACGGCGACGGUCAAGGUGACAAACUGGACGCUGCUCAGUGGGGCACGAGGGACUCCAGGAGGCACCUGGGAGUGACGGUAAACAAAAUGCAGGAGUGGAUGCACAAAGGACGGAUGCUUUCGUCUGAAAUGAAGCAGCGUAUCGCCGGAUCCUCCCUGCGUACCCAGGGCACACUGAACGCACCGCCUACGCAGGAAGCGCACAGCUGGGCCAAAGGGGCAUGCCACAUAACCCAAGGUCAGGGGAGCAAAAGUGCAGCUCCCUUCCAGAGAGGGCAUCAGUCAGCUCUCAUAGAGAAUGUCCACAGCAGUGCACCGAAGGAGGCAGGGACCCUACAUUGUCCUCUCAACACCAUCACCGUGUCCAAGAAACGCAAUUGGCUUCAACAGAGCUUAGAGAGACCUCACUAUGCUGAGGAAGCCCUAGCGCCCCACAGAGUGGAGGAAGACCAUGCACCAGCCCUGGACUCCUCCGAGGGUUUAGGGCCUGGUCAUCAGUCCAGCUCACUCCGGGUCCACAUGGCUUCUGCUGACCUGAGUCAGGCCUGCACAGAUUCCCAGUCUCAUUGUGUUGACCCCACUGAGGAGAAUGAUGCAGAUGAUGAAGGUGACAUCUGGUACAACCCAAUUCCAGAGGAUGAAGAGCCAGACCUGCCUCAGUGCAACCUUGACAUCAGUCCCCAAGUUUCCCCUCAGCCCACUGAGCCACAGAGGAGCCCCAAGCCCCCCCAGAGGAGACCGAGUGGAGGGGGUGAGGUGUGUCUCACAGUGGCUUUGGGCACUGGCGAGGCCCAAGGCACCAUGAAUGGGGAUUCAGGAGUCUUGAAUGCCACACAUUCCACUGAAACUGUGCCCUUGCAAAGACAGAUGUUUAGCUCUAAGCUUCAGGAAGACAGUUCUGCUGCAAGGGUCACACCUACAGAUGAACAGUGCUUCCUUGGUUUUUCCCCUCCCUCCAGCCCAAAUCCCUCCAAAAAGGGUGGUUCCAUCAACUGGUCCUUCCCAGACAAGAUCAAGUCUCCACGCACAGUCAGAAAGCUUUCUAUGAAGAUGAAAAAGUUUCCAGAACUGAGUAGGAAGCUCAGUGUAAAAGGUACCCACUGCAGCAACACCAGCAAUGGUGGACCAUCCCAACCACGGCCAUUUCCAGCAAGGGGUUCUGGGCCAGCGGUGACGUUCUCCAGUGGGAACGUCAUCUCCCGAUACCACCUGGACAGCAGUGUGUCCAUGCAGCACAACUACAUGAAAAAGAAAGGCAGUGGAGGACCCAAAUCAGCUUGUAAGAGAGGCUACCUCAGCGACGGAGAUUCCCCGGAGCUAGUGACCAAGUCCGGGAAACACGGCUCCUCAGAGGGGAAGAAUGGGAAAACCAAGGAAAAGGACACAGUCGGGACUGGAAGUGGUAGCAGUCCCAAGUUGCAGGGCACCGAACUGGACAUUGAUGCCUUCCGGCCAUACAGCUUCUCUGAGCAGCCCAAAUGCACUCAGUACAUCUCUGGCCUGAUGAGCUUGCACUUUUACGGGGCCGAAGACCUGAAACCUCCGCGUGUGGACACCCGUAAUGUCUACUGCGCCAUCCAGGUGGACUCAGUCAACAAGGCACGAACGGCGCUGUUGACUUGCCGUACCACCUUUCUGGAUAUGGAUCACACCUUCAACAUCGAGCUGGAAAAUGCCCAACAUUUGAAACUGGUAGUGUUCAGUUGGGAGGCCACUCCACGACGGAACCGGGUCUGCUGCCAUGGAACAGUGGUCCUGCCGGUUCUAUUCCGUGUAACGCGAACGCACCAACUGGCAGUGAGGUUGGAACCGCGGGGUAUGAUCUACGUGAAGCUUAAUCUCAUGGAGCAGUGGCAGAACUCUUUGGAUGUGCCGGAUGAAGACCGGGAGCCUCAGAUAUUCGGGGUGGAAGCGUGGAAGGUGGUGGAGAGAGAGGCUUCUGGGCUGAAAGUGCCUCUACUCAUCGACAAGUGCAUCACAGAGAUUGAGAAGCGAGGAUGUCAGGUGGUGGGACUGUAUCGCCUCUGUGGUUCGGCUGCAGUGAAGAAGGAGCUGCGAGAGGCCUUUGAGAGAGACAGCUACAGUGUAGAGCUCUCAGAGAACCUUUAUCCAGACAUCAACGUUAUCACAGGUGUGCUUAAGGACUACCUGCGAGAACUGCCCUACCCCCUGAUCAGCAAGCAGCUGUAUGAAGCUGUUCUGGAGUCCAUGACUAAGAGGCCUUUGCGCAUGGGGUUGUGUGGCUGUGAGAAUGACCCUGCAGACUCAGAGCAUGCAGUCAGUCUGCUUCAGGAUCUCCCCGAGGUGGAGAAGGUGACUCUACGGAGGCUCCUGGACCAUCUCAAACUGGUCGCGUCACAUCAUGAGGUCAAUAAAAUGACAUGUCAGAACUUGGCAGUGUGUUUUGGGCCAGUGCUAUUAAGUCAGCGACAGGAUGCCUCGUGCCACAGUAAUCGUGUCUUUAUCGACUCCGAGGAACUAGCCAGCGCCCUUCACUUCAAAAAGCAUAUUGAGGUGCUGCAUUACUUGCUGCAGCUUUGGCCAGUGGUGGACUCUCAUGGCACAUCCUCUCCUUUAAUGACGGUUUCCCCUGCCCCAGCUUUAGAGAGCACCUCAGCGGCAGCCCCCUUGAGGAGGAGGAAAGACCGUCCACAGGUGCUGAAACUGAGCGAGGCAGAGAAAGCGGGUGUGCUUCGGCCCCGACCCGGCAGACUCGACAGCCCAAGCAAUCGAUACGCAGGUGACUGGAGCAGCUGCCGGGGCACUUACCUCCAGCAGCCCAGAGUCGAGACUGACAGCAAGGAGGUGCCCAUCAAGAGUCUUGGAUCCACAGAGGAGGUAGAGGGUCAAAGGCCGAAAGAGGGAGGGGACGGAGGGCAAGUCACACCUGAGGUGGUGGAGGAAAGAGAGAAAAACAAAGAAAAAGAAAGUGAGACGCGAGGAGAAGAGAGAAGAAAUGGAGGGCAAUGGGCCGUGGAAAAAGAGCAUGAAAACUGUGAUCACAUCCUCCCUACACCAAAUGAACACUGUCCCAGAGAACAUGCGUACCAGGCUUAUGUAAAGAUCCAGGAGAUCAGCCCUGUGCUUAGCAACAGAGUCAACCUUCGAGAUCUGCAGGAGAGCAUUGACACGCUGAUCGGCAACCUAGAGAGAGAACUCAACAAGAACAAGCUCAAUGUGGGCUACUGACUCGGUCAUAUGUGCCAUCUCAGUGACUGGAUCAGUCCGAGAGGUUGCAUGCAGGGGAACCAUUGAAAAGUCACCCAGGUGUCAGGUCUCAGGGUUAUUCAUGGAAAUGCCAUGAAGGCACUGAGGUGACUCUUGCUGUGGAUACCACUGCGCUCUUCUAGAAAAGCGUGGCCCUUCUUUCACACCCGUGUCGCUUUCGCCGUGUGGUCUAUGGACAUUUCUCUGUGAUGUACAUAGGUUGCACAAGGGGACUUAAUUAUUUAAAGUUGGUACUUAAGGCAGUAGACAGCUUUCCUUUUACACGGAGGUACGGUACGAUAUAAAACCAAUGCACUUAUGGCACAGGCAAGCUUUGACUUCAUCUACACCCACCCAGAAUUUGGGAUAAAUUGUAGAUGUCACCUGGCAGACCCACUAAAGCCCUUUCUUGCAGGACUUAACAUGUGCUGCAGGUCUGAGGCUUGAGGUCUGGAACUGAGUGCAUCUCUACUUGCCAGAACAUGUAACAAGUAUCAUUUUAUUAGACAAAACAAUGAAUAAACAAACUGUUUAUUUUUAAUUGGAAUUUUA